AUGCCGCUGCUUCCUCCUCUUUCCCUAGCAGUCCCAGACUGCGAAUCUGUUCCGCCUUGGGCGCGUUUUCACGGGGGGUGGCGGCCUCAGCCUUGCGAUAGACGUACCGCCGUUGUUACCGAAGCCGGAAGCCAUUGUUCUUCUUCCCUCGCCGAUGAUUCGCCUGUUCCGCCUUCCGCCCCGGCCCUGGCCCGUGCACCUGACGUCUUUGUGUCUCCCGAACACAUCACCCUCUUCCAUCAUGCUCUCUCUGCUGCUCCCCGUUCAGACGUCAUGGCGGUCCUUCAAGGGCUCUCAGGUGCUCAUGCGAUUCUUCUAGCGACUCAUCUCUGUGCCACCGGCAAUGUGGUUGCUCUCCCGCACUUGCAGGCAAAGUUCCCUGCCCAUCUCCCGCUCGAGCGUGUCUUGCGCAUCAUCUUGACCUUUCUGCCCGAGAGCACAGAGCCGAGCUCUUACACACCAGUGCUGCAGGCGCUGGUAGAUGGCCAACUACCUGAAGCCGGUGGUGCUGGCAUCGAUACCACCUCUGUUAAAGACCUGCCCGCGGCGAUCGUGAGGAAACGUGUACGGAAGAUUCGUUUACUACCAUUACAGUAUCCAGGCGACGAGGACAGCCAGGACCCCUCUGACCUCCUAACCAAAUUCCUCAUUCACCGGGCCCAUCGCAUCGACUUAGAAACCGCUCUUCAACCUCUCGUCCUCGAUCUUCUCCUCCCCUUCUACCAACGCUCAGAAGUAUUACGCACAUGGUUGAUCUCCAGUCUCUUACCGCUACUCCGAUUGAACUACGAGUAUUACCCCAGCCAAGACGAAACUUUUUCCCUGGAUAUCCUGGAGUCGAUGGACAACAGUAUUGCGGUCAACGUUCUUCUUUCGAUGACUGGUGCGACAAAGAGCAGCAUGGACUUGGUACGAAAUCUACGCGGCCUUGUGGGUGCUUGGAUGUAUGGUAGCAACCGUUCCAAAAGACGGAGACUCAAUGAAGCGAUGCAAGAGACGUCGAUUGUUCUGCCUCAGGAUGAAGCGCAACCAAAAACCCCUUCAGGUGUCGGGUGGCAGCAAGUCAAUGAGUGGCUGCUGGCACGAAGCCUCGUUGAUCAUGAGAGUGCGGUAAACGCCUUCGUCAAUUGGGACGGGCCUGAGGAUGUCGAUCUAGGUGGAUAUGCUGAAGACAAGGAAGGUUUGUCGGAUGAUGAGCUGCAAGACUUGCGCAGGAGGUAUGGACAGACUGGGCUUGCUGUCGUAUAUGCGAACUCUGAUCCUAGCCCUCCGGCGCUGGACGGUUCCGUUCGAAUUCUCGCGCGCAUUGCGGAGUUCCUAAAGCUCGAAGAACACUCGUUCCUUUCGCCGGACAACUCAGAAUUCCCCGACGUGAAAUUCGAUCCAGUGCCGAUUUCGUCGGCAUCAAGGGUAUCCCUGCUGCAGAAUGCCCUGCUGGUGGCCUCAAACCCUCUUACGCGCCCUUCUGCCUCGUCAAUAUCCUUCCUUAGUGGUAUCUGCCUCUCUCUUCGGAUACUGAACGAUUUAGGCCACCCGACUCCAUGCAGGACAGCGGCAAACAUCUGUCUCCUCAAUAAUCAGGAAACACAGCUGUUCGAAUUGCGCAGUGUAAUAGCCUCUGUCGUAAGACAAGCAAGAUCGGGUCAUGACUGGAGCAAGACUCGCCAACAAUUGCUAUGGCUGCGUGACUGGCAAGCUGAUCACACGGAAAACACCAGCGAUCGUCCCGACUACCAUGGUCUCUUUUGGAGAGUUCCGCAGGACGUCGUCGAAACAGAAAUAUUGAAAGCGUUGCUUGAAGCCAAAGAAUACCAUCUUGCUGUGAGCAUCUACAUUGUCUCUGGGUCAACUUUGAGCUCUACACAGGUUGAAGAAGCCGUCAAGGAGGCCAUCUUCACAGCCUACGACAACGCGAGCAACGGAAAUAGGACCAGGGGCGGGAUGAAGCGAGCAUACGACAUUCUACAAGCUUUUCAACCUCACUUCUCAGAUUCUGCCUCCUUCAAGCAGAUCCAAGCCCUCAUAUCCGCCACGCACGCCCUGUCUUUCUACUCCCUUACUUUGCAGCACGGCGUCCCUUUCCAGCCAGUCAGCAUCCGCGUCCACCCCGACCCUCUCUCCCUGAUCGAGAAAGUUCUCGACCAGAACCCUAAGAGCUACACCAAACUGGACGACUUAUUAGCCAUUGGCCGGAACCUUGUUUUAGCAG